AUGAACCUACUAUCCAAACUAUCAUUUCCAUAUAAUCAAACAAAUGAUACUAAAGUUACAUUAAAUAAAUUAAUAUUAACAGAUUCAGAAGAUUUUGAAAGAAUUAUAAUACCAUUAAAUGAAAAUAAAUAUGUUGAUUCAAUAACAAAACAAGAAACCCAAUCUCAUAAAAUUAUUGAUGAACAAAUAAGUUAUAUACAGAAUGUCAGUGGUGAUGAUGAGGAAAACGAACUGGAGAUUGAAAAAUUUCCAUUAUUAAUUAAAAUUGAUCCAAAUUUUAAUAAAUUUAAAUUACAUGUUUCAAUAAAACCAGAAAAUGAUAUAACAAAUAGAGUAUUACUAAUUGUAAAAUCAAAUGGUAUAAAUAAUAUAUCAAAAUUAAGUAAAAUUAUAGAAAAUGAAGAAAAUAAUUCCAAUGUUGAAAUUUCAAAAAUUGAAUAUAAACAAUUACCCAUUGAUGAAAACUUGCAUGAAUUUCAAAAAUUAAUUAUAAAUGAUUUUUUUAAUAAAAAUUUAAUAAAUAACACCAAGUUAACUAUUUCAAUUUUUGAACAAGAUUUAAAUUCAAAGGAAAUUAAAUAUUUUUUAAAAUUUAGUUUAUGGAUUAAUGAAUAUCAUCAAUUACCAUUGAAAUCAAUUAAUACAAACAACCUUACAAAUAAUUUUACAAAUAACAGUGCAACUAGUCAUACAAAUAGUCCUACAACUCAAAAAUCAACUACCGAUUCAACCCUAUCAUCUCCAUCAAUAUAUAAAACAACUCAACAAAACAUACCAGAACCUUUAUCAUAUAGUCUUGGAGAUUUUAGAAAAGAAUUUAGUUUCAAUAUUGAAGAUGGACCAGAAUUUAGAAAAACUUUAACAAAAUAUGAAGAAACUUUACCAACUGCAAAAAAAGUAUAUUCAUCAUUAAUUGAUGAUUUUAAAUUACUCGAGUCAAAUGUUAGAAGAAUAACUACAUGUAAAUAUCGUAUAAUGGAAGAAAUUAAUCAAUUAUGUGAUUUAGAAUCAGAUUCUUUAUUACAAGAAUUUGGUUUUAAAAAAGAUUUUCAAUUAGCAUUUAAAAAUAUAUUUGAUUCAUUUGAAAAAAAUAUUAAUUUCUUUUUUGAUAAUAUAUGUGAUAAUAAAUUAUUUACAAAAAUAUUAAAUAAUAUAUCAUCACAACUGGGAGAAAAUCCUAACCAACAAUCAGAAUUAAUUCAAAUGAAAAAACAAUUUGAAAAUGAUUCCAAGGAAUAUUAUGCAUGGUUAAAUAAAUAUUUAUCAAAUGAUAAAGAAAGACCAGAAUCUAAACUCCUAUUAAAAAAAAAAACUUUUGAAUUAUCAAAAUUUGAUUAUUUAAAUCAAUUAAGUAAAAUUACAAAUAAUCAAUAUGUAAAUGAAUUAAUUGAAAAAUUAUUUAAAUUUAUAAAUUUAAAAAAUGAUCCCGCUAAUCCAAAUUUAUUAAAUUUUAAAAUUUUUUUAGAUAAAAAAAAUUCAAAUCAGCUACUAUUAAGUAAUAAUUAUCAAAUUUAUUUAUAUGCUUUAACAAGAUUUAAUAGUGAGAAAUAUCAAUUUAGACAAAUGAUUGAAGCAAGUCAAUCAAGUGAAGAAUUAACAAAUUUAAUACGAUAUAAUAGAUUAACUCAUAAAACAUCAGCCAAUUCAAAUAUAACAACAGAUGAUUUCCUAGUUACGAAAGAAAAUUUUGAUUUAAUAUUUUCAGAUAUUAAUCCACCAAAUGAUCAACAACAACAUCAAAUUGAAAAUGAUUCUGAAAAAUCCGGAAUAUUAUUUACUUUAGGAGGUCAAAAAAAAACUGGAUGGCAUAAAGAAUGGGUUGUAUUAAAAAAUGGACAAUUAAUAGAAUUUUCAGAUUGGAGAAAAGGUAAAACUCCAAUUAAUAAACCAAUUGAAAUCGCUUUAUCAAAUGUUAAAGCUGUAAAUCAUGAUAAAAGACAAUUUUGUUUUGAAAUUAUAACUUCAACAAAUUCAAAACAUGUUUUUCAAGCUUUUGAUAAUGAAGAUAGAAAUAAAUGGGUUAAAGCUUUAUAUAAUGCUGGACAAUUAGUUAAUACAGAUAGAUUACAACAAAGAUUUGGUAAUUCUGAGUUAUCAUCUUCUGCAAAUACAAAUACAAACACUAAAUCAAAUAAAAAACAUAUAACUAAAAUUAUAACUGAUUUUGGUUCAAAACCAAUAAUACCUGGUCAAACAACUGAUAGAUCAAUAUCACCAAUAUCAAUAACUUCAAAAGAUCCAUUUUUUAAUGACAACACAGAUACCACAGAUAAUAAUAAUAAUUUAAAUCUUGUUCGAUCAAUUCCAAAUAGUAAUAAUAAUCAAUGUAUAGAUUGUAACCUGUUUGAACAAGUUGAAUGGGUAUCAAUAAAUUUUUUAAUUUGUAUGUGUAUAAAUUGUGCAUCAUGUCAUAGAAAUUUAGGAAGUCAUAUAACAAAAAUAAGAUCUUUAAAAUUAGAUUUAUUUGAAAAUGAAUCAAAAAUUUUAUUAAAUUAUAUAAAUAAUUCAAAAGUUAAUUCAUAUAUGGAAUUUAAUCUUGAAUCACAACAAAAAAUUAAUUCAAAUUCAAAUUAUGAAAAUAGAUUAAAUUUUAUAAAAUUAAAAUAUAUUGAUAAAUCAUUUAUUGAAAAAUUAUCUAAUGUUAACAAUUUUUUAUUUUCUUCUAUUCAAAAAAUUCUGAUUCAUGAUGAAUUAAAAGGUAUUUUAUGUGGAGGUGAUAUAAAUUUAAAUCUUCAAAUUCAUACUAAAGAUAAUAGAGAAGAUAAAAAUGAUACUAAUGAUAACAAAGAUAAUGAUAAAGAUAAAGAUGAUAUUCAAAUUAUAAGUCUUUAUGAAUAUAGUUUAAAAAAAUAUAUUCAAAUUGAAAAUGAUCCUACAAAUAAAAAAUAUUUCGUUGCUUCUGAAUUAUUAAUUUUAAAUGGUUGUACAAAUAUUGGUUCAACUAAGGGAAAACAUUUGAAUUCAUAA